UGAAUUUCAUUGGACAGCUGAAGCUGGAUAAAAUUGAGAGAUUAAGUUAGGUCAGGUUUGUGUUGUUUUUGUGUGUGUUGAUAAAAAAGUGCUGCAAUUUCACCAAAGAGAGAAAGUACUUACUUAAGUACAGAAAGCUGAUAUUUUUUUUUCGAAAGAAAUAUAAUAGUAAGUUCUUACAACAAUAACUGAAUUUUCCCAUAAACAUGGAGGUAACAAAUAAAGCGACUCAAUGGAUAUCUAUUGACGAACGGAUGAAACGUGGGCUGAGAGUUCUGGAUCAAGUGGAAAAUAGUAAGCUUCGCUUGUUGGUCAAUAGAAUUUGUCAGAGUUUAAAGUCAGGUGCCAGUGAAAAUAUCUUCAAUGUCGAGGAAGAAGAGAAACUCUUGGUUUCUCUAAGCUUGGAAAAAGUUGAUCUCGAUAUUUUAUUGCAAGUACUUACUUCGAUAUUAACUGAAGCAGCUUUUCACAGCGUCAAGUCAACUAUCAUGGAAAAUACAAUGAAAAAUGAUUUUUCUAUUGGGGAUGAUAAAGUUGCCAUUCUUUCACAUUGUUGGAUAACUCACGGAGAGGAGAUUAUGGAUAGUUUCAGGCAAAAAUCAAUUUUUCCUUGUCAAAUGACAGAUGUAAGUUGGAGGGUAGAUGUAAAAGCAGCCUCAACUGCUAUGGCCAAGGAAGCUAAACCAGUUGCAAAAAUCCAAUUAAACUUGGAAGGUUCUGAAAAAUCCAGACUCACGGUUGAAAUGGAUAGAACUGAGUUGUCAGAUCUAUACAAUAAAUUGAAUGACAUACAAGCGCAACUGCUUCUGCUGCAGAAGGAAAAGUAACACAUUCACAUCCUGACAUUAUCAAAGGUUCUUUGCGUCGGUACUCGCAUCGUGAUCCUUCCAUGCAAA